AUGAACCAAGCUGAGAACUAAUAAGGCUUCUUUAUUCCUGAUAAAAGCUAGCUCAAGAGAUCAUGCUAAGAUCGUUAGUAGCACUAAACUACAUUAGGAAAUAGUUACGGUUACCUAAAUAAAAUGGCUGUUAACAAGAAAAGACUCUAUAUUCCUAUAAAUAAUUUAACAAUCAGCAACCUUAUUGUUGGCCAGGAUGAUGUGUGUGAGCUUGACGGUGAAUCUAUCAGUGAAGUUAUUAUAGUUGGAAGAACUACUAAUAUUCACUUAGAUACUAUGAAGACAAUUAUAGAGAUAAAUGAUAAUACUGGCACCUCAAAGGCAAUAUUCAUGAAUAAGGAUUAAUAAACACCAAAUCCCGCCCUGAAAGAUUUUAAGUAUAAAGUAUUUAAAGACACUAAAGUUAUUAUGAGUAAUUACAUUAAGGAAAUCGAUUAGUUUGACGAAAUCACAAAUCACCAUCUCCAGUAAUUUUAUGCCAGUCAAAUGAGAAUGAAUGGUAUGAUUAAGAAUUUAUAAGUAAAGCAGUCCUUCCAUAGCUAGGAAAAAUCAAUCAAAAGUGAGUUUGAUAAGAACAAGAAGUGCUAUGAGAUAGAUUCAGUGUGCUAGGAUAUAUUAACACUACUUGAAGAGAUGCAGAUGACUCGCAAAUUUAUGAGCAAGAAUGAUGUUCUCAUGAUGCUGGGAAAAAGAUAUCAACCAAUUGAGAUUGAGCACGGCAUUUAGAGAUUAAUUGGCACCUAAAAGAUAAGCAUUACCUAAAACAAAGAAAUACUCACUCUGAUUUGA